AUGGAUUCUUUCUUUUCGUCGAAUUAUCGGCAGUACAAGAAAGACACUGAAUAUAUUGCGGGAUGGCUUGCGGAUACGGCCAAGAAAGCCGGAUUCCAAUAUACGUAUCCGAAUGGACAAGCAGUUGAGAAAGGAAGUCAUCGCAUCAAAGUCGGAGACUUUGUCCCUAUGGCCGAGGCUAUCGCGAAUCAUACCCCAAGGAUUUCUGUCCCGGGCGCCCUCACCAAGUUGUUUAAGCGCGUCAUUGAAGCUCGAAAAAAAGCUGCGGCCUGGAUCAGUUCAUCUCGCGACAAGCAUCAGCAGCCUAUCGAGCAGAGCAAUCAGACGCAUGCUCAUUUCAUCGACAUCCUAAGCAAUGCUGCUCAAAUCCUCCAACCACUCGUUCGUGAACGGCCACGGCAAGCCUCCGGACCUGGCCGACGUCGCCAGGCAUCGGAUCUCGAUUCAAAGCGAGAUAUGACCAACGCUUUUUCUAGCCUUGCUGUGGACGGUGACAACGUGGCCGACGAUGCAGGGGAACAGGGCGAACCGGCUGCAAGGCCAGAGGACCCCCUAGACUCUCUUCCACCCGUCAACCUCGUUGAGGUCUAUCAGGAUGAGUCUGAGCUCGAAGCUGAGUUCUUCUUCGCUAUUCAAUCCUUUCUGACCAACUUGCACGAGCUCCGCGAUAUCGUACAACAAACUUGGUGGGAUUACAAAAACAACAGAGUUGACAUGGCACAUGCAUCCAUCGUCGUAAACACGGCUAUCGACCUCGUUCGUCAUGCUGAGUCCGAGUUUGAAUUAACUCUCAAGCGCCCGAAGAAAUACCCAAGCAAGAGGUUCCCUGUAAGGGUACUCCCUGCACUCCUCUUGACGACCCAGCAUGGGGACGAUUUGCAUGGCGAAGAGGAGCUUCAUGAUUUCUUGUUCCCCAGUGGCCUAAUGAUGCCUGGCGCCCACGAUUGCUCCCAGGUUUAUUGGUGCUUUUGGCCCGUCUACUCAGGGUUGAAAUACUAUCUCGAGACCGCCUUCGAACCCGUCGGAGGUGUUCACAAGGAUACCAUGCGCACGGUCAAACUGUGCCAGACAUUCCGGCAUUUCACAACCAAACAUCAUGACACUAUAGCAAUAGAUGAGGUCACCCGCGGCAUGGACCACAUGUUCAAACACAACGAAGUUCCUCUGUGGACGACCUUUGGCAUGCAACUUCUCCUCGACAUUCAGGAUGUCAUAGGCGAAGAAGACGCCCAGAAGCCACUAUGGGAGCUACAAGAGCGUCUGGAUAAGGAAAUCUCAUACAACGAGGUCUUUACGUGCAAGUCGUCUUCGCCAUUUACCGACGAGCGCAUUGAAGAACUUCGAGUGGACAUGACGCACAACCUCAAAUACAACCAGGAGCUUGCCAAGGAUCCAUGCGAUACCUUGAAGCCUAAUCCUAUUCGCUGUGGACUGCUCAUGUACGAUGCCUACUUGGAACUCAACACAACCGGGCACAACCUUGAGCGCGUGGCCGGUGAAAUGUGUAUGAUGGCCCAUCUGUACAAAGCUACUCGUCUUAUUGCUCCCGACUCGCCAAAAUGGCCCGACAUGGAGUAUCUGAUAUACCAACAAGACGAGGCCCAUAUCUUCUUUGGGGGUGUUCCCAAGACGUUUGAGGAGUGUGUGCGAAAAGUGAAGCUCAUGAUGGGCCAGUCUCGUGCUGACCAAGCUCGUGAGGAAAGAAUGAGUGAAAAAGCCAAAAAUGCAGCGCGGGGACGAUCCUUGAAGCCCAAGAAUAGCCGUUGGAUACAGGACCCCAGCAUUCUUGCUCCGAUUUUCCGCGAACGGAGCUUUGGGACGGCGGCAAACGCCGCGUCCAUCGACACCCAAGUCAGGAACCUUUUCAGCACCAUGCGGUCUCCAACCGAAAUGGCUCGUUUGGCCAAGAAGCUUCGUCUCACACCUGAAGAACUUGACGAGAAAUUCGCAUCUGAGAGACGUGGUCGCUGCGAGUACCACCCUGGUAGUGAUAACGGGCCCACUACUCUCUUGCGUGAUCUCUCAAGUUGGCUUGAGGGUGAUGCUACAGACCUUUACUUCAGCUGGCAAGCGCUCCAAGACCAAUGCGGAAAGAUUUGGUCAAGGAUAGUGAGUUCCUUCAGUAAGGAUACCAAAUGGGAUAAGAAGAAGAGCUUGACCCCUUACUUGGGUGUCUACAUUCUCGAGGAAGCCGCUGCAGACGAGCAUCAUUGGGAAUGCAUUGCCAAAGAUGACCCCAAAUUUGCCAUUCAUCUUCGCAAGGUUCACAUCGCCAUACAAGCCACGAUAUUCGAAAAGGCAAAGCCACCCCCAAACAACCUGGGCAUCUUUUCUAUGCUGCCUCAAACCCAAGUCAACGAGCACUUGGCGAGGGGAGGAGAUUCCCGUCGACUUUGUACACCUGUAUGGCAAUUGGCCGGGACAGGUGUUAAAGGAUGCCAAGAUCAUGUGGGCUUGGGGGGAACAUAUAAAUGCGCCCACCGCCUGGCAGGUGACGGUGACGAUCACGAUCACAAUCACGAUCACGAUCACAAUCACAAUCACAAUCACGAUCACGAUCACGAUCACGAUCACGAUCACGAUCACGAUCACGAUCACGAUCACGAUAAUGAUGAUGACGAUGAUGAUGAGUACUCCAGAUGGGACCCUGAAAUUGCUCGCCGCGUCAUGGAGUUCAAUGCAGCGGCUGCAGAGCUAGGCCGUGAGGGUAUCAACCUAUAA